AUGAAAUCCACAUCUUUCAAGACCACAAGUUUGCUGAAUGGUUGCAUUGUCAAGUUUGUUGUUUUCAAUUUGGCAACAACCGAGAUGGACUUGGCGUCCUCUGGGAUUUCUGUGCUUCCAAAAACGUCUCUCAAAACGACUAUGUUUGUGAAUGACUUGCAAUCAACAAUUUCGGCUUCAAACUUGAUCAAUUCAAGAUCGCACAUAGACGUGUCUCCUUUCAGUAUACUGACCAGUAUCUGGGACAGAUCAAGUUCAAAUAUAUCAGGUUCCUCGUCUUGUAUUCUUCCUGUGACCACGACUUUGGCAACUCCAACAACAAUUCCAUUUGGCGAUUCUCUGGAGUCGGAAAUUUUGAGAUUGACUUGA